CGGUACCGCCUGGUCUUUUCAACCUACCGCAUAAACCCUCGUAAAGACCUUGAGAUUUUUCGUAGACCUGUGACUGUACGGUGGAGUGAAGUGAACAAAAACUGCAUAAAUGCCCGACUUGAAUAACUUUGACGCGGUGUGUUGCAGUUCUAAGAAAAGAGAUCCCUCCUGCGCCAACUGAAGUUUUUAGAAGAGAGCGAGAGGGCGCCCUUGACGUUCGAUUGGCCCAAAGUACAUCAGGAAAUGGCCUAAGAAGGUGGCGAUCGAAUCUCAUAUUGAUGGGGAGCACGUCGGAGAGCGAGCAGUUUCAUGCGAGCGUUAGCACAGCAUCACUGAACGGCCGCAACGGAUUACUGAACAUCGAUGAUCACGAGACGGAAAAGCCGCAGGAUGACUCGAUCCUCGCGUUUACGGAGCCAGAUGAUGAGAGUAGGGAGUCGGUGGGCAUCAGAAGGGGGCUACGGCCCGGCUGUCUGCGAUGUCUCGCAGGUGGGCCCAAGGCUUUCGCUUUCUGGAUCAUGCUGUACUACCUCCUGAAGGUCUCGGGAAGUCUGUACCUCGGCACGGUCAUCGACACCAUUGAGAAGCAGUUCGAGUUGUCCAGUUCCGAAUCUGGUUCCCUGGCCAUUUUGAAUGACGUCAUGGAUUUGGCACUGGUCGUCUUCGUGGCUUACUUCGGCCAGAGACGCCACCGGCCUCGCAUCAUCGGCGUGGGGGCAGUGAUUGCUGCCCUCGGCUUCCUGGCCUGCGCCGUGCCGCAUUUCUGGCUGCCACCCUACACAACCGCCCCGCCGGGCUGCAACGACACGGACCAGCUCGUGGACUACUGCUCGGCCGACCCCAAGGAUAAAGCGGGACCGUGCUCUGUGGACUUCCAGAAGCCGGCAGUCAAGCCCGUAGCCUGGCUCAUCCUCGGUCAGAUUAUGGUGGGUGCCGGCAACGUGCCCAUGAAACCGCUGGGGACCACGUAUGUGGAUGACGCAGUCGGCAAACACACCACGCCGAUAUAUCUGGCCUUCUUCUUCAUUGCCGGUACCAGUGGCUCCUUGGGCGGGCUGCUCCUAGGCUCCCUGACAAACUCCAUCUUCGUCGACUUUGACCGCGUCGCCCCCGCGGACCGACCGUCCUUCCCGCAGACCGACCCCCGGUACAUCGGCGCCUGGUGGCUGGGCUUCGUCAUCAUCGGCUGCGCGGUCCUGCUGAUCAGCGUUCCCUUCUUCUUUUUUCCUCGGCACCUGCCUAAGACCAGGGAGAGGAUGAAGGAGGAGGAGAAGGAACAAGUGGAGGAAAGGAAGGAGGAACAGGAGGAGGAAGAAGAGAAGGAAAUGAUGUUUGAAGCUUACAAGGAGGGCGGUAUACAGAUGGGCGAGCUUUCCGACAAUCCAACAAGCCGAGAAAAGCGAAGCGGAGUUCCCAAUAGGUUGCCACACCAACAGAGGUUUUUGGCGACCUUGAAGAAAAUGGUCGUCAGCUACAAGAAGAUGUUGACGAAUGUACCUCUGCUGUUGUUGUGCCUCACUUCGGCAGCUUCGUCCGCUGUCACCGCCGGGUAUGCAGCCUUCGCGCUAAAAUACUUCAAAUUGCAGCUUGGUAUAGGCUCUGCAAUGUCAGCACAGCUCGGAGUUGCCGUCAUCACGUGCAUCAUCGUUGGUAACCUGCUGGGUGGACUUAUCAUCAGGCGCUGGAAGUUGUCACCAGCCAAGUGUGCUCUCAUUCUGAUCUUUGGUGAAGUCGUUGGUAUCCUGUGCAUGCCCGUCUUCCUCCUCGUAGGGUGUAGCACGAAGGCUGUCGCUGGUGUCUCGACGCAUUAUGCAGCUCCGGCCCCCUUUGACGGGCUUGGCACGUUAACCAGACCGGUGAAUUUUCCGGAUUCGGUCCAGCAAGCCGCGUCGGCGUGCAACGCCCACUGUACCUGCGAGAACGAGGACUACAACCCGGUCUGCGGUGUCGACGGUAUAACCUACGUGUCGCCAUGCUACGCUGGGUGCGAGGUUGUGGAAAGGACCAGAGACGAGAACGACGAAUGGGUUAAUAGUUUCAGCGCGUGUCGCUGCAUCCGCCCUGGUGGUGUAAACGCGACGGCCGUAGACGGAGAGUGUCCAGGCAAUUGCAAGGAUUGGCAUGUGCCGUUCAUCAUCUCUAUCAGCGCCAUAAUGUACUUCUGCGGCUCACUCGGCCACUCGGGCUUGGCACUUAUCACUUUGAGAAUCGUCGAUGAAGACAUGCGAGCAACAGCCCUAGGCUUCCAGACACUUGUGCUGAACCUGUUAGGAUAUUUCCCAGCACCCGUUUACUUUGGAGCAGCAAUCAACCUCGCCUGCAUCCUGUGGGGAUACAGCAACGGUGAUAGAGGGGCGUGUUGGCUCUACGAUAACGACCUGUAUCGACACUCUUUCCAGGGUCUGGUCGGAGGCAUCAAGAUCGUCUCGGUCUUGGUGCUCUUUGGAGUUUACUUCACCCUUCGUAAUGUAAAGGUUAAAAAGUGCAGGGACAAGCAGUCUGAGAGAUGAGGCGAAAGGUUGUUGAGCCCCUGGUCCUUUAUCACUUUUUGCCCGAAAAAAUUCACCAUUCACUGUCACAAAAAAGGUGUGCGUUCUUUCAGCAAAACGAAAACAAUUCACACACUUCCUUCUGUGA